AUGGACCUUGGAAUCAUUGCAGAAAGUGAGAGUCUCGUGGAAGCAGCACUCUGCUAAGGGAAUCCUAAGCACAGGGGAGAAAUGGCUGCUGAAGGCUGGGAUCUGUUCAGGCUCUGCAAAGCUGGAUGUGCUGAGCUCUUCCAGCAGCAGGGUGGGCCAGGGGCAGAGGGAGAGGAGGGCCCUGGAGCUGCUUUGUGCCUCCUGGUGCAGCUGGAGGACAGGAACCAGGAGAUGCACCAGCCUGGAGACCCGCGGGAGGAGAUGGGGAAACUGCCUGGCUCCAGGAUGGACUUCCCAACCAGGAUGGUCCUCAGUGAAGAGGAAAAACUGAAGAUUUCCAAAGACCUCGUGGAUCUCCAGAUCGAGACAAACAAAAUGAAGGAGCGUUAUGAGACCGAGAACUUCCAGCUGAAAACGACGAUGCAGGCUCUGGAGAGGCGGCUGCAGGAGCUGGAGCAGGGCAGCGCCGGGCUCAGGGAGGAGCGGGAUUCCCUGCGGGAGCGCCUGCACGCCCUGGAGAGCAGCCGGCAGGAGCUGGGGGAGGAGUUCAUCAUCCUGAAGAGCAAUUACCUGGCCCUCGGCAGGGAGCUGGACAAGGAGGUGAUGAGGAAUGAGGAGCUGACCCAGGAGCUGCUCAGCCUGGCCAAAGAGAGCAGCCUCCCCCCUGGCUUGGCCCAUCAAUCCUCCCAAGGGCUGGGAAGAGGGAGAGCAGCAGGACACCCCCGCUCCGCUCGGAGGGGGAAGCCCGAGGAUGCAGCUGCCUCUGAACAUGAGCAGCAGGAGCUGGAAAGAAACUUGCUUGGAAACCAGGAUCACAUAAAAGUGGAGCUGGAAAAACUGAAGAAAACAUAUGAUGAGCAGCAGCAGAAGCUGGAGGAGCGAAUGCUGGCGCUGGGGAAGGAGCUGCAGGAGGCGAAGGGAGCGAUGGGAGCCGGCCGGCAGGGGCAGGCGGAGCGACCAGCGGUGCUGCUCACGUCCCAGGGCCAGCUCCAGGAGGUGGAGGCGGAGAACUCCCGGCUGCAGCUGCAGCUGAAGGAGCUGAACGAGGAAUAUCGCUCCCGGCUGGCGCAGCACAUCAGGGACCUGGCAAACUACAUGGACAGCAAACCCAGCAGCGUGACAGGACACAGCAAAGCCCCAGCUGGCCACGCUGCCAUGAAGAGCUUUGUGGACAGGAUGCUCAGGGACAUCCGGGCUUCCUACAAGAGCCGGGAAGAGCAGCUGGCUCGGGCAGCCCGGGGCUACAAGAAACGCCUGCAGGACUUGGCCAAGAAGCACGAGAACCUGCUGAUUGCCUAUGGGCUGCAGCGGGAGCAGAUCCGGUCCCUGGGCAGCAGUGCCGUGGACUGUGGCCCUGCCGAGCUCCACUUGUCUAUCCCAGAGCCUGAGCUGCUGACAAACAGCUCCCGGGAGCUGAACCGGCUGCGGGAGCAAAAGGCAAAGCUGGAGAUGCAGCUGCAGGAGCUGCAGCAGAAAAGUCUGAAAGGAGCCUCUGCCUUCCCAGCGCCUCCGGAGCAGUAAGUGCCCUUUCUUUCUUGGGAUAUCUGCCAUUCCAAAUUUUCUCCACGUUCUGUGCCCCUGCAGGAGCACCUGGAGCAGCAGAGAAGCCAGCUGCUGGCUCGGGCUGUGGUGGCAGAGGAGCAGGUGUCAGAGCUGCAGGGGUACAUCGACCAGCACCUUGCCAGGUACAAGCAGGAGAUCCUGCGGCUGAGGAACGCUGAGGGCAGCGAGGUGCCCCCAGUGCCCCGUGCCAGCCACGAGCCAGAGCAGCCGCAGCCUUGGGAACGCCCCACUGCAAGGGAGGGCCAAACUGAUCCUGCACAGAGGUGAGCUGGAAAAGAUGGCAGGGCAAAGCCCAACUCCAGGAGCCGCAGCUGCUCCAACUCCAGGACCAUCCAGCAGCUCAAAGACAAAGCAAAAACCUCAGAGGAAUAAUCAACCAAAACUUUAUUUUAA